UUUGGAAAAACUAAUGAUUUUUGUUUAAGCAUAAUGUUUAAUUUUGGGAAAGUUUUUCCCAUCUAAUUUUGAUUUUUCUCAGUUAGAUUAAAUUAUCCUGCUGUAAUUCGAAGAAAUGUGAAAAUUUUAGUGAAUGUUCGUAUCAAAUUUGCCAGAGUAUUGUGAAUGAGCUUGACAAUAUAUGUGUGUUUUGUUUGAUGAUUAUAAACUUAUUUUGGGUAAGUUUUGUUCUUCUAAUUUUGCUUUCCUGCAUUAAUGGUUAGAUUUUCGCGGUGUUAUUUUGAAGGAAAGUGAAAAUUUAGCUGAAUGUUGGUCCUGAAAUUGGCCCUGGUAUAAAAUUAGACCCUUUUUGUACUGAGUAAUGAAAUGACUAGCAUAUCACUGUAUAUAAGUACUUAGUUAUUAGUUUAACCCUGAUAAGGAAAUAAAAAAAAAGGAUAUUGUUUCAUUUGUGUGAAAAUGGUUACCGUUGCAGUGAUAUUUAUGAACAUGAGUAGGCAAAGGGCCCUGGGCGGUGGGAGUCAGCUUGUAUUGGAUUACCUGAAGCAAAAACACACUGAGAAUCCUAAUUUCUAUUACGCAAUUCAGGGCGAUCAUGAUCCUUUAACUGCCAAUAUUUUCUGGAUUGAUGCUACCUCUCGGAUUAAUUAUACCUACUUUGGUGACACUGUGGUUUUUGACACCUCAUACUGUAGCGAUGGCUAUAAAGUACCCUUUGCAACAUUUACGGGAUUAAAUCAUCAUGGACAGCCCACUCUUUUUGGCUGUGCUUUAAUGCUGGAUGAAUCAGAGGCUGCCUACAUUUGGCUGUUCCAAACAUGGCUUCAUGCGAUGUCAGGUCGAACCCCAGUCUCGAUCACAACAGAGCCUGCUAGGUUUGUGCAGAUGGCAGUAUCUCAAGUUUUGCCCAAUACCCGGCUUCGUUAUUGUAAAUGGAACAUGUUUAGAGAGACACAAACCCAUUUGGGUCAUGUGUACCAGUCACAUCAUACUUUUGAGGUAGAGUUCAGGAAGUGUGUUGAUGAGAGUGAGACGAUUGGGGAAUUUGAAUCAAGGUGGGGAACACUUUUGGAGCAGUAUUAUCUGAUGGAUGAUGAAUGGAUGCAGUCAGUUUAUGAUGCUCGGCGUAUGUGGGUGCCUGUUUACAUGCGGGACACUUUCUUUGGCGAGCUCUAUAGUGAUGAAAAUGAGGGUAGAAAUAUAUACUUUGAUGGUUUUAUAACUUCUGACACCACAUUACAAGGGCUGAUCAAAGAUUAUGAAAAAGCUGUUGGGAGUUGGCAUGAGAAGGAACUACAGGCAGAUGAUGAUACGAGUAACACAAUGCCUAUGCUGAAGACCCCAUCACCAAUGGAGAAACAGGCUGCUAAUGUUUACACCAGGAAAAUAUUUAUAAAGUUCCAAGAGGAGCUUGUUGAGACCCUCGCUAAUACUGCAACAGAACUAGAGGAAUCAGGAGGAGUCACCAUGCUUCGUGUAGCUAAGUUUGGGGAAGAUCAUAGAGCUCAUAUUGUUACUUACAAUUCUCUAGAAACAAAUGCUAGCUGUAGCUGCCAAAUGUUUGAAUUUUCAGGUGUCAUAUGUAGGCACAUAUUAGCAGUUUUCAGAGCAAAAAAUGUUCUUACUCUUCCUUCAGAUUACUUAUUGAAAAGAUGGACAAGAAAUGCCAAAAGCGGAGGUUCAUUGGACGAACAUGCUGUCAGUGAACUAACCAAUUCCCGAGUCUCUCUGACUAUUAGAUAUGACAACCUACGGCAAGAAGCCAUUAAAUUUGUGGAAGAAGGUGCAAAAUCUAUUCAGGUUUACAAUGUAGCUAUGAGUGCCCUGGAGGAAGCUGCAAAAAAGGUUGCUUCUGUGAAGAAACAAGGUCAUGGAGUUUCACAAGGUCGCUCUCUGGCAAAUGGUGACAGUUUAGUGGCAUCCGUCCAACCUGCAGAAGAGAAGGUUAAGAAAAUCCAAGAGUUGACAGCUGAGUUGGAUAUUACUAACAAGCGAUGUGAGGUCUAUCGUGCAAACUUGCUAGCAGUUCUGAAAGAUAUGGAGGACCAGAAGUUGAAGCUUUCUGUUAAAGUCCAGAAUGCAAGACUUAGUUUGAAAGAGUGAGUUGCCAAAAAGCAAGCCAAGAAUUUUCUUUAACUUGCUAAAGGUUCAACUAGCCUUUAGUCUCUGGCCAUCAUUGCUUGCUAAAGGUGCCCUCAGAGAACAAGUAUCCCGGAGCUUCAUACUUUCACUCUAUUUCUUCCCACACAAGGUUUUGAAAGUUAGGAUAUGAGAGUUUGACCACAAACAAGUUCAAAUCAAUAAAGGUGAAGUAUCUUAUUAGCCUUAUAAAGUUAUGAGGUAAUCUUUUGUAUUUUG